AUGGAAUAUACUCUUCUCCUUCUCUUCCUUGACCUCCCAUUGCAGUCAAACGAAGUUACCAGCAGUGGUGCAAUGGAAUUAGAAGGACUGAAGAGGGCACUAAAGGGCCUUGAGGACCAGAAAGUUUGCGUGCGUGAGCUUGUGACGUAUAGGCACACCCAGGUGCGCAAACACAUGAGACAAAAUCGGCCUGAUAUUGCCCACCUCAUUGAUGCUUGGCAUGUUGCCAAAGGGCUGAAAAAGAAGCUGCAGGCUGUCUCCCGGUCACGGGGCUGCGGUGUGAUUGAGAAGUGGGAGACCUCCAUCAUUAACCACUUCUACUUUUCGGUGAGGAUAGCUGCAGCAAGAGUGAUGACCGCUGAAAGAAGAGGCGAGCUCGCGGUAGCCAUCUGGCUGUCGCUCCUCAACCACAUCCAGAACAAGCACUGUGGCCACAGCAAGGAAUAUGCCAACUGCGAGCAUGGGGACCUCUUGCCUAGAAAGUGGAUUUUUCCAGGUACUGAUGCCUUUGACAAACUGCGCGGCAUAGUGGAAAAUAAUCGCCUGCUUCUAGACAUCAAGCAGGUGUCACCAUCAUUCCAAACAUCAAGUUUGGAAUCCUUCCAUUCUGUCCUGAACCAGUUUGCUCCAAAGAGCUUCACAUUUUCUUUUCAUGGGAUGCUGGCAAGGUCAAAACUGGCUGCUUUGCACUACAAUGAAAAUGCGGACAGGGUGCAACACAGAACUACUGUGGGCAAGCGGCAGUGGGCAGUGAAGUACCCAAAAGCAAGAAAAGGCAAGCCAGUGGCAUGCCCAGUCAAAGAGCCUGCAACUUUUGGUGCGUACAUAACUGCGUAGGGAGGCCAAAACCUGAAUUUCUACAAUUAGGACAGCAUACUUAGCCCACUGUUUGCAGCAGAUGCAUGGGUCAAAGGUUAUGAGAAAAAUCAUAUAGCACGCACUAAUAGCCUUGAAGCAGUUGUGGCAUGUAUAAGCAGCUUUCAACACUUUUAGCCACAACAAAAAUGGCUGCACAGGUUGACACCAGCACAGGCUCUCACAUACUGUAUCUUCUGU